UACACAUAAAAGUUACAAAUAAGCUUGGGUAGUGGGCACCCAAUAUCACUAUCACAGUCGAUCAUACCAGUAUUAGGUAUACUUAUAUUUACAUUUAUUUCAGAAACAGUCCAUGUACAUUGUUUAAAAUACAAAAUAGUAAAUAUUAAGUAAAUUGUACGUAACACUCUUACAUUUCGUGGUGUCUCCUUUGAAUCGUCGAGACACCAAAAGAUGGCCGUGGCUGGAGAACCUUUGAACUUAGCUAAAGAUGUCAAACGAGCCAUUGAACUGUUGGAAAAGCUCCAAAAAACUGGAGAAGUACCGGUAACCAAAUUAGCUGCAUUGCAAAAAGUAUUGCAAAGUGACUUUUUAUCAUCUGUGCGGGAAGUGUAUGAACAUGUUUAUGAAACUGUUGAUAUACAAGGAUCUCAGGAUGUCCGUGCAUCAGCUACAGCUAAAGCAACCGUUGCUGCGUUUGCUGCUAGUGAAGGUCAUGCUCAUCCAAGAGUGGUGGAAUUGCCCAAAACAGAAGAAGGACUUGGAUUUAAUGUGAUGGGUGGACGAGAACAAAAUUCUCCCAUCUAUAUAUCACGCAUAAUACCUAGUGGUGUAGCUGACAGACAUGGUGGUUUAAAGCGAGGAGAUCAACUUCUGUCAGUUAACGGAGUGUGCGUAGAAGGUGAAAAUCAUGAAAAAGCUGUUGAGUUACUAAAACAAGCCCAAGGAUCUGUCAAGUUAGUUGUCAGAUACACACCAAAAGUCUUGGAAGAAAUGGAAAUGAGAUUUGAUAAGCAACGUGCUGCCCGUAGGAAGCAAAUAAACCAAUAAUUACAUACUGUUGCCUGUUACAUGAACAUUAGUCUACUUAACUAUGAAUAGUAUUUGAUCAACUUAAAUGGUAUACUUAUUUAGUUGAAGGGUUGUUAAAAUAUUUUCGUAAUUGUUGUCACUAAGUCUUCUCCUUGUUCAUAUUUUGAUGUCUUCUAAGAAAAGAAAAAAUUAUUUUGUGUUCCCAAAAUUAUUUACAUUUAUUAAUAUUAGUAACAACAAAUUGACUUACUUAAAUAGUGUGUUUAGGUUAAUCAAUAGAAAUAACCUUAUACUGAUCAGUAAUUGUAGAUUUAUACUCACUUUUAAAAUAAUUUAUUUUGGGUUUGAUACCUCAUAUAAUAAAAUAGAUACAAUUCUUUAAUUUGGUUUAUUUCUUUUAUCCAAAUAAGAACUUUUAAUGUAGCUUACUUAAAUAUUGGAUUCAUUUCAUUAAUAACUUGUAAUUUUAAAUCACAUUUUUACAAUUUA